CACUUACUGGAGUGUCCAAUCUGUCUGGAGCGACUUCGGCAACCCAAGUCCUUACCGUGUCUCCACUCCUUCUGUCAGGAUUGUCUCGGGACCUACAUCAUCAAGCCGUUUUCUGGCAAGAUAGCUUUAGCGACAUCCUUUCCAUGUCCAGUUUGUAGAAGGAUGGUCACGCCUGUCAAUCAAGCGGAAACCAAGGAAGAUUGGGCCAAACAGUUUCCAAAUAAUGGUGUGAUCCAAGAACUUAUCAAGAUUAAGGAACAGUCGUCUGGACCAUUGUACUGCACACCUUGUCAAACCAAAGGAAAUCCGUCCAAUCCUGCCAAGUUCUGGUGUAAGAAAAUGGAAUCCGGUUUUUGUGAGACUUGUAAAGUUGAUCACCAUGAUAUAAUACAUAUUGAAUGUGAUAUUUUAGAUAUUACCAGGCACGACAGCAAUAGACCAAAACAUAAUCCGACUGUUCCUCACUGUGACCAACACGACGAGAAUAUGGUUUGGUAUUGUGAAGAUCACAAACUGCUCGGUUGUAGCAUAUGCGUUUUUGAAGAUCAUAGACGUUGUGAAGCAGUCACAAUAGCGGCGAAAUACAUUCAGAAGCUAAAAGCAGAAUCACAACUGACAGAUAUGCAGGCAGCGCUGACGAAAGGAGCAGAGUUCAUGAAGUCUUUAGUGAAGGACUUUGAGGAACAGCUACAAGUCAUGGUAAAGAACCAAGACAUCGCUCUACGGAGUAUUACAGAUCUGCGCCAUAGGAUCGACAAACGGCUUGACGAGCUUCAGAAGAACUGCACUGACAAGUUGAUCGCAUCUUUCAAAGACGAAAAGAGUAAAUUAGACGACUCCUUACGGCAAUGCGAACGUCUAAAGAACAGUAUGCUAAAUACCCUGAAGUGGUCCAUUAAAGCUACAGAGGGAAACGAUAACACUGAAACGAUAGUGUUGUAUCAGAGAGGACAGGCAGAAGUGGAGUCGUGUAAGGCCCUGGUCACGGAGAUGAACGAAUCGUUCACGUCCGUCAAUAUUAAGCAUCAGACCGAACCAGGACUCGCAACUUUUGAUGAUGACGCUAUGGGGAACAUCGUCACUGAGAAAACACCUCGACGCUUUCCAGAGAGUCGUGGUUACCUUACAUCACCAAUGUCCGGGCGUCGCAUGAGAGAAGUACAACAGUUUGAUAUAAAAACUACAUCAGAU